AGGAAAAAAAGAGAGAAGAAAAUCCCUAAUUUGUUUACUUGCUAGCUUAUUCUUCUUCUUGCUGCCGACAAAUCGAGUUUGGGAUUUGGGAAUUUGCGAUUGGGAAUUUCAAGUUACCAAAUUUCCGGCCAAAGCUUGGGAAAAAAUGACUGAUUACGAAGAACCGCGGUAUCAAGGAAACGGAGAUAACCUCGAAAACAGUUAUGGCGGAGGUUCUUCUCCUAAGUCUCGUUCCGACGAUCAAAACGAUUCUAAAUAUCAGGAUUAUGAGAGAGAGUCUUCUAAAAGCAGGGAAAAGGAGAGAGAGAAAGGGCGUGACAAGGAAAGGGACAAGGACCGUGAUCGCCACAGGGAUAGGGAUAGAGAUAAGGAUAGGGAUAGGGACCGAGAAAAGGAUCGUGAUCGUGAACGCCAUCACAGAGAUCGUCAUAGGGAUCGUAGUAGGGAACGCAGUGAGCGAAGGGAUCGAGGAAGAGAUAGGGAUGAUGAUGAUUAUUACCGCAGUCGAGAUUAUGACAGAAGAAGGGACUAUGAUAGAGACAGGGAGGAUAGGCAUAGGCGCCGGUCAAGGAGUAGAUCUGAGCGCAGAUCAAAGUCGAGAUCUCCUUCUCGGUCUCGGUCUCGCUCACGCUCAAAGAGCAAAAGGAUUAGUGGUUUUGACAUGGCCCCUCCAGCUUCAGCAAUGUUAGCUGCUGGUGCUGUGGCAGCUGCUGCUGCAGGGCAGAUUCCGGGGACAACUAACCCAACCAUACCUGGAGUGUUUCCUAACAUGUUUCCUAUUGCAACUGGACAGCCAUUUGGUGCUCUCCCAGUUAUGCCAGUUCAGGCAAUGACUCAGCAGGCUACUAGGCAUGCUCGUCGGGUGUAUGUUGGAGGGCUUUCUCCUACCGCUAAUGAACAGUCUGUUGCAACUUUCUUCAGUCAUGUUAUGGCUGCAAUUGGUGGAAAUACUGCUGGUCCAGGGGAUGCUGUUGUUAAUGUCUACAUAAACCAUGAAAAGAAAUUUGCUUUCGUAGAGAUGAGAUCUGUAGAGGAGGCUAGUAAUGCAAUGGCUUUAGAUGGGAUUAUCUUUGAGGGAGCACCUGUGAAGGUGAGGAGACCUAGUGACUAUAAUCCGUCGCUUGCUGCAACACUUGGUCCAAGCCAGCCCAAUCCGAAUCUAAAUCUAGCUGCUGUGGGUCUAACGCCAGGUUCCGCUGGCGGGCUUGAGGGCCCCGACCGCAUAUUUGUUGGUGGGCUUCCAUAUUACUUCACAGAAGCACAGAUUAGGGAGUUAUUGGAGUCUUUUGGGCCUCUUCGAGGUUUUGAUCUAGUAAAAGAUAGAGAAACCGGGAACUCUAAAGGCUAUGCAUUUUGUGUUUAUCAAGACCUGUCAGUUACAGAUAUUGCUUGUGCUGCCCUAAAUGGAAUUAAAAUGGGUGAUAAAACGCUCACUGUUAGGCGAGCAAACCAGGGUGCUACCCAGCCUAAACCCGAGCAAGAGAGUAUACUCCAGCAUGCACAGCAGCAGAUUGCUUUGCAGAGGCUAAUUUUGCAACCACAAGGUGUGCCAACAAAGGUUGUGUGUUUGACUCAAGCACUUAAUGUUGAUGAUCUCAGAGAUGAUGAUGAGUACGAGGACAUUGUGGAAGAUAUGAGACAAGAGGGUGGAAAAUAUGGUGCAUUGGUGAAUAUUGUCAUCCCACGCCCAAAUCCGAAUGGAGAACCUGCCCCAGGUGUCGGGAAGGUAUUUCUGGAAUACUCGGAUGUUGAAGGUUCGAAAAAGGCUCAAGCUGCAAUGAAUGGUCGGAAAUUCGGCGGAAAUCAAGUUAUUGCCGUUUACUAUCCAGAAAACAAGUUCGCACAAGGGGAAUAUGACGGCUAAUGUAGAGAUAAAAUCAUCAUAGCAUUGUGCUUGUACUGAUUCUAUGUUUAUGUCUGAUCAUUAUCUGGUUCCUUAGGAAUUUUGUAGUGGCAACCUGUGGUCGAACUUCGGAAUUUGACAGUGGAACAUAUCAUGUCAUAAUACGUUAGAACUAGUUUAGAUGAAUGUGUUGUUUAAUGAUUUUUUGA